AUGGAAUAAAUUCCAGAAACAAAAAGAGCCUCGACAAUAAUUUGUUAGAAAAGCGAAGUAACAGCAAAUAUUAAAUUUGGAUAAGGUUGCAUUAUUCAUCCGAAUAGUGCUAUAAUAGCAGAAGGAGGUGAUAUAGUAAUUGGAGAUUAUAAUAUAAUAGAAGAGAGAGUAAAUAUAGUUAAUAGAAAAAACAAAGAAAGUCCAUCCAAAAAUAAAACUAUGAUAAUAGGAUCAUAUAAUAUGUUUGAAGUAGGAUCAAAAAUAGACACAUGUGAUAUUGGAGAUUUUAAUACAUUUGAGGCCAGAUGCAUAGUAGAAUAAGGAUGCAUAAUUAAAAAUAAAUGUUCAAUAGGUUCAACAAUUAAAAUACCUUAAAAUACUGUUCUUGAUGAAAAAAAAAUACAUUUUCCAGAUAAAGUUAUUAAAGAAAUGAAUUUUGAUGAAUAAAAAUAUAAAAAAAAUAUUAUUUAAAUGCAUUAAGCACUAUCGAUUUUAAUACCAUAAAAUAAUCCUUGUAAAACUAUUUGA